AGCGAAACGAGGAUUCCCAAGCCUCCGAAACCACCGGAGAAGCCGCUGAUGCCAUAUAUGCGUUAUAGUCGCAAGGUUCACCAUUUUGAAUUGUUGAGCAAUUUUUUAAAGGUAUGGGAGAGGGUUAAAAAUGAAAAUCCUCAACUAAAACUAUGGGAAGUUGGUCGCAUCAUUGGCCAAAUGUGGCGAGAGCUGCCCGAUGAGGAGAAGAAUGCUUAUAUUGAGGAAUAUGAAGCUGAAAAGCUACCGUAUUCAGAAGCUAUGCGGCAGUACCACAGUUCUCCCGCCUACCAAGCAUGGAUAGUCGCCAAGGAGAGAGAUCCCGACGAACAGUUCACCGUGAAACAUGUAGCUGCCGCCCGCUUCCAACGGAAUCACCGCCUUAUGCAGGAAAUAUUAAGCGAUGCUAAGUUACCGGACCCAGGCCAGCUCAUAACGAAGACCCGUCUGUAUACCCUCCGAAUGCAAGUGAAGCAACUAAAGAACCAUAAGAAAAAUCUGUGCAGUGAGAUAGAAAACUGUGAGCUACGACACCAAGCGAAAAUGCGUCGUAUUGCCGACGAGUCAGCAGCUUUCUAUGCUGACUAUCGUAAGCUCGUUGCUGCCAAGCCUCGCAUCACGGAGGCGCAAUUUUCUGAAAUGAUUAUUAAAGCUAAACAUGACAUGGUUCGAGAAGAGGAAGAGAAACGCGAACUUCAGUUACUUGAGGCUGAGAAUCGCCGCCGAAGGCAGCAGCAACGUCAGCAGCGGGAAGCUGAACUUGCGGACGCAGAACGACGCCGUCAGAUGCAACAUCAAGCCCAACAACAAGCGCAGCAACAAGCCAGUCAACAACCUCUGCCAGCACCAUCACCGCAUCUGCAACAGCAACCGAAUCCACUAAAACAAGGCGACUUUUCCAAAAAGGCACAGGAAGCCGCAUCACCCGCAUUAGCCGACCCAAAUGAUAGUGUAUGUUUUUCCAAACUUAUUUUCGUCGUUGUUUAA